CACUGAUGACAUUUCAAGUAGAGGAGGUGCAGGUUUGCCACGUCGGUCUCUGUGUAGUGCAUUACACUGUUGCUCCUCCAGCCCCAGGGCUAAGUUUUUAACCCGUUUCGGCUUUUAAAACGGUCUUAAAGCAGCGCCGCAGCGUUGAGGUCGGCGGCGCGGGUCCUCGCCACGGCAGCGCGGCUGGAUAUCGAAGGCGGAAGGCGGAGAAAUGCUCGGUGCUGUCUGGACUCGGCAGCCUGGAAGCCACACAACUGACUGAUGCAUCCUCGUUUAGUUCACCCUCCGUGUGUUGUCCAUGUUGUUGGUCUGGGUGUAUUUGGUGGCUCUUUGAGGAGAAGGGGGAGGAGUCCCAGUGGCUGUUGGUUGGCAAGCAGAGUCCGUGUAACUGGCGACCAUGCCAGGAGGUCGCCGGGGUCCCAGCAGACAGCAGCUGAGUCGCUCUGCUCUGCCAUCCCUGCAGACUCUGGUUGGAGGCAACAUCAGCAAUGGCACAGCCUUCAGGAACAGGAGCAGUAAUUCAGUGGGUCUGUCUGCCCCGCCUCUCUCGGCCCUCAUCACUCCGGAGCCUGUCCGUCACUCAAGGAUCCCCGAGCUGCCACUGGAUAGCAGUCUGCUCUUUGAGUUCCUGCUCUUUGUCUAUUUGCUGGUGGCUUUGUUUGUCCAGUACAUAAACAUCUACAGGACAGUCUGGUGGUAUCCCUACAGUCACCCUGCUGCCUCUACCUCGCUUAACUUCCAUCUGAUGGACUACCACCUUGCUAUCUUCAUCACGGUCAUGUUGGCCAGAAGACUUGUUUGGACUAUAGUCUCAGAGGUGUCUCAGAGUGGUGGGGGAUCGCUGCUCCGCUAUGUGGUUCUGAUUGCAGCACGGCUCAGUCUGUUAACCUUUUGUGGCUGGGUGCUCUGUUGGACCCUUGUCAACCUCUGCAAGAACCACUCUGUCCUCAACCUGCUCUUCCUGGGAUACCCGUUUGGUGUGUACGUCCCACUCUGCUGUUUUCACCAGGAGGGGGGGAAGAGCCAAACAGCGUCGGUUGAUUGUGAUUACCCAGUCGACCACCAGCAGACCGACCUAACAGAGGCUCCUUUCUUUCGUCCACGUGACUUCCUCUUCCUGUUACGGGAGAAUCUCAGAGAGCAGUUUGCCAGCCCCCCCCACACACCCACACACACCUGCCCCCCUCACACACAUUCUCACACGCCAGAGCUGAUUCGCACCGAGGUGGAGGAGCUGAAGAGUGACUUCAACCGACGAAUCAAGGAAGUGCUGUUCAACUCUCUGUUCAGCGCUUACUACGUCGCCUUCUUGCCCCUCUGCUUUGUCAAGAGUACCCAGUACUAUGACAUGCGAUGGUCGUGUGAACACCUGAUCAUGGUGUGGAUCAAUGCGUUUGUGAUGCUGAUGAGUCAGCUGCUGCCUCCCAGCUACUGUGAUCUCCUUCAUCGUUCUGCAGCUCACUUGGGCCGCUGGCAAAAGCUAGAGCACGGCUCUUACAGCAAUGCACCUCAGCAUAUGUGGUCAGAAAGUACCAUUUGGCCUCAGGGGGUGCUGGUACGACACAGUCGCUGUCUGUACAAGGCAGUAGGGCCCUAUAAUGUGGCAAUGCCCUCGGACGUUUCCCAUGCAAGGUUUUAUUUCCUGUUCCACAAGCCAUUGCGGAUCCUUAACCUGUUGAUCUGGAUUGAGUCCAGUGUGGUCUUCUACCAGCUGUACUCUCUGCUGCGCUCUGAACGCUGGAACCACACCCUCUCCCUGGGCCUUAUUCUUUUCUGCAACUACUAUGUCCUUUUUAAACUUCUCCGAGACCGCAUUGUCUUGGGCAAAGCCUACUCGUACCCGCUCUCCUCCAACAGCUUGGGGCUCAAGUCACACUAAAGGCAGCCUCGUGGCCGCCCCACCACCUGCUCCUCACCUAUGAACUCUGAAUGUCAAGGGGAGAUGGGUGAAUGUGAGGUAAGGUGGAAGGAGCAGGCCAGGGGUGUUGCCUAGCACCAAUGCUCGGAGGGGUAGGGACGGACUGUGAACUCAUAAUUGUGUUUUGAUACGGUUCUAUUUUUCAUGCAAUGUUUAUAUAUACCUAUUUAAAGAAUAUUUUUAUUUUGUAUACUAUUUCGGGUUACGCCGGGCAUUACCAUGCUGACAACAUUGGUAUGUUGUGUUAUGUUGUUGCUAGGCGACAUGAAAGUCAGGGAAUGCCAGGAGGUGACUUCCGCCAAAGAUGUUUUAAGUGCAGGUGGCCAAUUAAAUUUGGCCUCUGUAAGUCAGUUAGAUCCUUUGCACACCUAGUCAUUUACAGAAGAUAUUAAUAGCAGAGGAAAGAGUUGUUCCUACAUACUGAUCCAUCAGGUUAUUCCACAUUAACCCUGACAACCCUUAAAACUUACAUCUGAAUCCAGCGAAGCUGAUGUCGACAGGAUGAUUUUUUUUAAUAUCAGCAUUGGAGGUUUUCAGGGCUGUGAAUAAUGGUUACUGUUCUGAACAACUUCAACCCCUGAUUUCAAAUGUGAUUUGAACCAUUUGGUUGAAUAAAGGAAAAACUCUGACUCUUGA